AUGGAUAAGGACAAGAUGACACCAGUGAUGUUUGCAGUAUCUUCAGGACAUAGAGAAGUGUUUGACCUACUUGUCAGAAAAGGUGCCAACCUGUCGUUAUCGGAUGGUAUAGGUGACAACAUCCUCCAUUUGGCUUGUGAAGGAGGAAAUGUUGACAUAGUCAAGUAUGUCCUCACACAGAACAUUGUGGACAUCAACAGUCGGGAUGAGGAUGGGUGGACGCCAGUAUUGGCUGCAGCGUAUAACGGUGAUAAGGGUGUGUUUGACGUUCUUGUGGGGGCAGGGGCGGAUCUGUCACUUCUGAAUGAUAACGAAGAGGACAUCUUUUAUUUGGCCUGUGAAGGGGAAAAUAUUGAGAUAAUCAAGUACCUCCUGACACAGGGCAAUGUGGACAUCAACAGAAAACAGUAUGGGUGCACGACAGUAAUGGAAGCAGCAUUGACCAACAGUAAGGAAGUUUUUGACUUUCUGGUGAAAGAGGGGGCAGAUCUAUCACUAUUGAGUGAUGACAAUGGAAACAUCCUCCAUUUGGCCUGUGUUGGGGGAAAUGUUGAGAUUGUCAAGUACCUCCUCACACAGAACAUUGUGGACAUCAACAGUCGGAAUGACGAGGAUCGCACUCCAGCAAUGAUUGCAGCACAUGAGGGACAUAAGGCUGUGUUUGACUUACUCGUUCAAAAGGGUGCUAAUCUAACAAUUGUGAAUGAUGCUGGUGAUAACAUCCUAAACAUGGCCUGCAAAGGAGGAAAUGUAGAUAUAGUGAACAAGUACCUGUUAACCUUCUUGCAUAUUACAGGCAGCUUCGCUAUUACUCCCCUUGAAGAUGAGAAUGACAGGGCAAAGCAGAAUCUUGCGCAAGUGUACACCAACUUAAUCACUGAUCUUCUUGAUGCCUGUAAGGUUGGAGAUUUGUGCCGAUUCAAAUAUAUUUUAUCUGAGGUCCGGAUAAACAUCAACACAUGGGGAAGUAAUAAGAUGACACAAGCGAUGCUUGCAGCACAGGGGGGACAUAAACAAGUGUUUGACCAACUUGUCAGGAAAGGUGCCAAAGGUGAUGAAGAAAACAUCUUUUAUUUGGCCUGUGAAGGGGACAAUGUUGAGAUAAUCAAGUACCUUCUGCCACAGUACAUUAAGUUCAUCAACAGCUUUGUGGAUGGCAUGACACCCGUAUUGUCGACAGCAUACGAUAAACGCAAAGAAGUAUUUGACUUCCUUGUAACAGAAGGAGCAGAUCUAUCACUAUUGAGUGAUGCCAAUAGCAAAAUCCUUCAUUUGGCUUUUGUUGGAGGAAAUGUUGAGAUAGUCAAGAAAGGUGCCAACCUGUCUUUGUUGGAUCAUUCCGAUAGGAACAUUCUCUUCUUUGCUUGUAAAGGACGAAAUCUUGAGAUAGUCAAGUAUGUCCUCACACAGAACAUUGUGGACGUCAACAAUCGAAAUGUGGACGGCUUGACGCCAGUAAUGGAUGCGGCAAUAUGGGGUGAUAAAGGACUUUUUGACUUUCUUGUGGAGGAGGGAGCAAACUUGUCACUCUUGAGUUAUGAUGAAGAAAACAUCUUUUAUUUGGCCUGUGAUGGGGACAAUGUUGAGAUAAUCAAGUACCUUCUGCCACAGUACAUUAAGUUCAUCAACAGCUUUGUGGACGGCAUGACACCAGUAAUGUCGGCAGCAUAUGACAAACGCAAAGAAGUAUUUGACUUACUUGUAAAAGAAGGAGCAAAUCUAUCACUAUUGGAUGAUGCCAAUAGAAACAUCCUUCAUUUGGCCUGUGUUGGAGGAAAUAUUGAGAUAAUCAAGUACCUCCUGACACAGAGCAAUGUGGACAUCAACAGUCGAGAUGGGAAUGACAACACACCAGCAAUGAUUGCAGCAUAUAAGGGAAACAAGGCUGUGUUUGACUUGCUUGUUAACAAUAGGGCUGAUCUGACAAUUGUCAGUUAUGUUGGUGAUAACAUCUUGCAUAUGGCCUGCAAAGGAGGAAAUGUAGAUAUAGUGAAGUAUGUUAUCACACGACACAUUGUUGAGGGGCGGUUCAGUGAGGACAACCCGUGUUGA